ACGGAGACUGCUACAUUAUAUGAAUUCCUUCUUUUUAAGAUUUGGCCUACAGUUUUACCAGUUCAAAUCAAAUGCCUUUAAUACUAAAGUUGCUUCCUAGUUACCUCUAGAUCCAACCUAAAACCAAAUCCAUAUGUCUUUGCUAUCCCAACUUGGGUACUUUUCAAGGUGACUUGUACAGAAAUGGUAGCAGCGUCACAUAUUUGGGCGCGUGGAUCAUCGUACUUACCACUCUGACAUGACAACACAAACACAGAGACUACUUCUCUUGUCUAGAUUACACCCAAAGGAUCAUUACUUUUGAAGAGAUUUCUCUAUCUUUUUCCACUUUCCUUGGUUAGUGGUAGUAGACUUAGUAGCACUAGAUCCAGCAGUAAUAGAUAGAAGAUAAAAGAGUACCUUCUUGUUUCCUUUCUUUCCACCACUCCAAGAAUAAUCCACAGUUAUGUGGUCAUCAAGCAGUGACAAUAGGGGGCUAUCAGCUUCUUCUAAAUCAACAUCAUCAUCUGCUUCUUCUUCAUCUCAUUCCCCAUUUUCUCCAGGACUUAAAACCAUGGAAGAAGUGUGGAAAGACAUUAAUCUUUCUUCUCUUCAAGACCAUACUACUAAUAUUUACUCUACAGAUCAUGAUCAUCAUCAAGGUGCUAAUUUUGGUGGAGCCAUUUUACAAGAUUUCUUGGCUAGACCUUUUGCUAAUGAACCUUCACCACCAGCAGCUGCUGCAGCAACAGCCUCUCCUGUACCAGCUUCAACUAUGCUGAAUUUGAACUCUGUUCCGGAGUUUCACUUCUUUGAUAACCCUUUAAUGCAAAACUCAAUCUUGCACCCAUCAACUGAUAGUUGUCAAGUAGUACCAAAUGUUAGUGGAAGAAAGAGGGUUGUACCUGAAACCGACAACAAUUCAGGAGGGGACAGGAAGAAUCAGAGGAUGAUCAAGAACCGUGAGUCUGCUGCUAGAUCAAGAGCUAGAAAGCAGGCUUAUAUGAAUGAGUUGGAGAUGGAAGUGGCCCAUUUAGUUGAAGAGAAUGCCAGGCUCAAGAAGCAGCAACAACAGUUACGCUUAGCUGCAGCUGCUCAAGUUCCAAGAAAGAACUCUCUCUAUCGGGCGUCAACCGCCCCAUUUUGAGAGAAAAAAAAAAAAAAGGUCUAUUAGUAAAAUUUGUCUUAGUGAUGCUACUACUUCUACUUACUAUUAAAAACAAAGGUCAAUUUGUGCUGCUCUUCCCAUUUGCUGCUUUUUGUUUUGUAAUAUCUCGUCACUAUUGUUAGAUGGUUUCCUUGUGGACCGAUGAAUAUGGUCACUAGGGAAAGGUAAGUUGUGAUUUAAGGAAAGUGUAGGGCAUUAUCAAAUAGUAAGUCGGUUUAGUCUUUUAUGGCAAUGAAAACAAUCACCAGCAAGCAAGCUGGAAUUCCUA